GUAGAGACCGGCCUUAGUAUUUGUUUUUCACCAGUACCAGUGCCACCACUAUAUUUAUUUGAUAGGACCAAGAUCUUCGGUGUCAACUAUCCGUUGUUUGCACAAGAAGGAAGUGUGAUGGCAAUCUCAUAAUGCUGACAGUAGGUGCGGAUUAGAACAUGUACUCCAGCAGAGUAGCAAAGAUCCAACAAUGAUCGCCUUGACCAAUGAUGAUGCGUUGACCGAGACUUCUUCGGAGGGCUCGGACCUCCAGACUACAAACGAAACAUCGUCAUCAUCAUCAUCAUCUUCUUCUUCUUCUGUGCCCGUUAGCGCCCCAAAGACUGUUUCCUACCACGAGAAGGAUGACCCGGUCCUGGCCGGGGUAUACUUGCUUGUCUGUUAUCUGUGCUUCGGAAUGGUUGGAUGGAUCUUGGUAGCGCCCGCUUCAUGGCUCUUUGAAUAUUCCAGCUUUCACCAGAAUGUGUUGCUUCCGUUCUGGGAAGAGAUUGGAAUCUUUCGAGUGGUACCAGCGCACACAGUCACAAAAUACAAGGGACAAACCUUGGCAAAGCUGACUCACAUAAUCCCCGCAGCAAUUUGGGCGGGCAUCGUUCCCUUUCAACUCCACCCUACUUGGAGAAACCGCCAUCGCAGCCUUCACCGUCGAAUGGGGUAUCUCUUUGCAGUGGUAUCCAUUUCGGUGGAUUUUGGCAUACUUGUCAUUAUGCAUAAGAAGCUGUCCUUUGAAUACUACUACCCAGACGUUCUUGUGAGCGAGUAUACUCUUUCCGCGCAUCUUGCCGCCCCCACGUUCAUUCUAUUGGUCAUCUGGUUUUUCUACACUUUGGUCGAAUCCAUCCGCAUGGCACGAGCAGGAAAGAUUCAUUUGCAUCAAAGGUGGAUGGUGAGGCAUGUGGCGUCGGGCAUUUGGGUCUCGACACAGCGCUUUCUGACCAUUCCUUGCUACAUGAUCUACGGCGAAUUUGCCUGGCCGAGACCUCAGACAGUCCCUAGCGCGUUCGGAAUGCAGGCUUUUGGGGAUGGGGGGAUGAUUGCCAUCUUUGCCACUCUAUUGUUAGGGGAAUACACAGUCCGCAGGUUGGAGCACCUCCGAACCAUGAGAGCGGAGAGCAAGAAGGCCUUGUAACCGUUGUACGUGGCCACUUCUCAAGCCCAAGUAAUGUACAUGUAAAUACAGGCAAAAACCAAUGCGAGCAUCAAUAAAAAGUAGCAUUUAAUAUUAAAAAAGAUCUCUGCAGGACUUCCACUGAGGCCAAAUGAUCACC